UUUCGUUUUCGUAUUGUCAGUUCGAGCGCGGGUGGCGAGCAGUCGAGUGGAGUACCAAGGUCCGUUCUUGAGAGUUGGAUUUUCGUUCUCGCUUUCCUCCUCUGUCCCUCCUGCUCUUCCUUAACAACUAUAAGUUCGAAUCAGUCGGCUCAUACCACGAGUGUGUCGCACUUGGUUUGCAUGACGCGCGAUACCAUCUUCAUGCACGUGGUAGGAUUUCCAAUGAGGGGAUGGAGUCAUCCUCAGGAAUUUCCUGAUAAAAAGAUUAAGCGACAGCUUGAUUGAAUAGGAGUAAAAAUUGUGCGGUUUUUGCUUUAAAAAUUAGUGCGUUGUGGGGUGAAGCAAAGACGGUCCCAGUGUUAGUGAAAAAAGUUUAUUAAUUGUGGGCUUUAUGUCGUGUUUUUAAAUGAUGUUAACGAUAAGGAGGAUUAUAAAGUUAGAGGACAGAAGGAGAAGAAAUGAAUGAGCGAGACGAUGCAAUGAGAUUGUUAAAAGGUUCCGUAUCAACCGAUAGACCACGAACGCUGAGGCGAUUGCGGAACGUCUAUGCACCCACUGCAUGCGGAAUGGGAACCGGAUCCGACGGUGGCAGUGAGCGUCUCGACGACGGGGAGAUCUCGUUCCGAAUGACUGAUCGUGAUCGCGAGAGGGACGACAAGUCUCUCAGUAUUAUGAGCCCCUUUGACGAGCAAGAAGAGUGGGCAAAAAUUUCAGAAAUUAUGGCUUCCUUUGGCACUGGCCUCGUUCGGGAAUCUGUCUUCGUUAGCGAACUGGAAAAAGAGUUCCAAACAAGACUAGGUCUGAGUUCCGACACCAGCAGCAGUCCGAUCGUUUCGACAUCAGUUGGUCAAUGGUUGUCCAGUUUGGGCUUAGCUGAUUAUGAAUCUCUUUUCGUUAAUUAUGGAUUUGACGAUCUAGAAUUUAUAAAUGGAGUUUUGGAUGAAGCGGAUUUGAAGGACAUGGGCAUAUCGAGUGACCAGGAAAUGGCUGUGAUAAUGGAUGCUACAAGUCUACUGCACAAUCGCGUUGAGAAACGAGUGACCCUCCAUGGUCAAUCGGUAGAGGAUUGGUUGAAGGGUAUCCACCUGGAUAGUUACGCCGAUACUUUCAAAAAGCACCUAUACACAGACAUGGAUCGUGUCCGGCGGGUCUGGGAGGUUGAAUUGGCAGCUGUUUUAGAAAUUCAAAAACCCGCGCACCGGAAGAGGAUUCUCGCAUCGGUGAGCGGACAUAGUCUGAGGACCCAAGUGCGAAAUGGAAACGGAGCCAACUUAGAGGACCUCAACAAGGAUCUCAACACUCUGAAAACGAACAUCCAGCAGCUAAAGGAGGAAAUUCGAGAAAAAUUGCCAGAAGCUCCACAGGGGGAUGGAAACGUGAAGGUAACUGGUACGAAUUCAACGAACACUGGAACCUUGAGGCAUAGGAAGAACAGACCAGCUCCUCAGCCUCCUAAACGGCCAAGUUCCCAUAACGGAGCAAUUUCUGCUCCUGAACAACUCGAAAUCAGAGCACCCUCUGAACUUCUUUUUGGCGUCCCAUCCACUCUUAAAACACAAUGGAGACAUCACCCCAAGGAUCUAGUCACCGGCUGCGUCACGUAUGUCGCCAAUUACUUGGGAUCCACCGUAGUUAAGGAGCUGAGAGGGACAGAAUCGACGAAAAAGUCGAUACAAAAAUUGAAGAAGACGUGCCGAGAUCCGAGGGUCAUUCCCGAUAUUAGCUUGGCUAUUUCCUACCGCGGCGUUCGCUUCCUGAACGCACAGAACAAUGAACCAAUUUGCGAGCACGAGAUUCGCAAUAUCCAUUGCGCUUGUCAGGACGCUGAUGACCUCACACACUUUGCCUACAUCACCAAAGAUCACGCAAGCCGUACCCACUUUUGUCACGUCUUUUGCGUGCCGACUAUGGAUCAAGCAACAGAAGUGAUUCUUACCCUCGGCCAGGCUUUCGAGGUGGCGUACCAAAUGGCGCUGCGCGACAAAUUGGGUAGCCACGCAAUCCGAUCGCACUCCGCCAAUCAGCUGACGAGUCUUGUAUCUAGCAAUGUGAUGAACGUAAACUCGUCGAAUUCUAGCGAGAGAAAUCAAUUUUUAGAAAACAAUUCCAGUCAUAAUGGAAACCAAAAUUCCGUUAACGCUAACAAUUCUAAACCAAAGCCUAGGUCCAAGUCCAUUCCUAACCCAACUUUGACCUCAACCCUGGUUCCAGUCUCCACUGCCAAUUCGAAUUCCAACUUCAAGUCGCACACCAAUCACCGUGAAGUGAGUCCGAAUUCAAAUUUCACUUCCAGUUCAACAUCAAAGACAAAUUCUAGCGCAACGAAACUCCUCGCGUCGCAUGGUCGCUCGCAUUCUGUGAACGAUAUAAAAAUUAACGGCAAUCAGCUCAAACUCGCACCUAUGCCGGUUGACGACAUUGUAAUCGGCGUUAAGGAUAUGAAAGCUGGAUCUAGGGCACCAAUUGCUCUCUCAGAAGAAUUAUAAUCUUUUGAAAAUUUGUGAAAAAUCGGUCAGAAACUCGAUUAGCGAUCGGUUACAAGUAGGUUUCGAUUCGCGUCGCUUGGGCAUUCGGUUAAGAAUGAUCAAAUAUAUUAAAAAUCUAAUAGAAUAUGCUGAGAAAAAAAUCUACUUUGUCUGUGAGAAGCUUUAGCGACUUUUAAUUUUUAGAAAGCGAUUUUUUUCUCAGCGUAUGAAAACUGUAACUCAGAUUCAAAAAUGCAACUUAUACAGUAAUUAGAUAUUCUUUCCAGAAAGACUGGAAGUUUGAAUCGCAGCAUGUCUGUGGUUAAUCCGAUCUUAUCGGUGUGAUAAUUUAGAAUAUUUACCGAUUCUUUCUUUGAUAUACUCGAGCCCCAAAAUAUUUUCUGACAAGGGAGAUGUUCGACCUGGAGUUAAUUUAAUUAAUUUAAAGAUACUGAGUUAGUUAGUUAAAAGUAUUACAUUUAGAUUUGUCUGUUUGCGAAGUUCGAUGGUACCAAGGUAAGUACGUAAUUUUUUCACUAAUCAACGACCAUUCACCGUAUCUACUAAAUAUAUACCCUAUUCAUGAAAUUGCUCGAAAAAUGUGAUUUGGAACGAACUUUUGAGAACAAGUAUUAUUAAUGACAUUUUUUAAACAUAUAAAUAAAACAUUUCUCGGACUGACGGACUUGAGUAAACUUUGAGAAUUGUGAAUUUGGUCUUAUAUUAGACUCAUAAAUAAUGCUAAGCUGUUAAUUUAGAGUUCAAAAAGAGUUUCGAGAUUGAUUAAGGACUUUUUGAAUGAAGCAAACAAUAAGGACGAUAUUUUAAUCGUGUGCAAUUGUUCAAAUUUCCAUAGGCUCAAUAACAUUCUGUACCAAAACUGUUAUUAUUCAGGAUCUAAUUACCACUUGAGCUUCCACGAUCGAUUCUUUAUUCGAUCUUUUGGAUGUUUUUUUAUUAUCAAGACUGAAGAAUUGUCGACCACGUUUUCGCUUCGUAUUCAUAAUAAUUAUGAAGUUGCUAUUUGCUGUUUUCUAUUUCAAGUCCUUUGUUAAGAAAUAUUACAAUUAUAUUUUAAAAAUGUACUUGCUGGGCUUUGAAAUCAAAUUCAAUUAAGCAUUCCUUUUGUAUACAAUUCAAGCUUCGUAUUGAAUUUGUCCUGCAGUAAAAGUAAACAAAAAAGGCUUAAAUUGAAACAUAAUUAUUUGUAUAAAUAAGCGCUUAAAUAUAUACUGAUGAGACUUUUGAUUACAUGUAAGCCAAUAAAGAAAGUACAAAAAUAUUUUUUCUGACAUUAAGUUUUUCUGGAGGCGGAAACGUGGAUUUUACCAAAAGUUUUACUAUUGUUAAAAAACAAGGAUGGGCGCUUUUGUCCUUUCACGAAGAAAGAAUUACAUUUGUAGUUAAUAUUACAUAUACUCAAGUAAAAAACAACUAACAAUAACAAAACGUCGCAUUUAGUAUUGGCGUCCAAAUUUUCUGAUAAAAAAAAUAAAUCAAUCUAAAAAUAAGGUGUUGUCUCCUUAAGCUUAAUUACUGAAAAAGUGGGUAGCAUGUUAUUGUUGAUUAUUAUUUUAAUAAAAACU